AUGGGGUGCCCAGGGGUCUUGCGAGUGAUGAUUCUGCCGAUCACCAAGGUCAGCCCCUUGGACGCGAUGGCCACGACGGACCCAAGGGACCCAAGACCCCGAAGGCGCUAUGUCAGCGAGUAUCGCAAACGCAUCAGUGAAAGCCAAGGUUUUCGCAAAUGUGCCAGAGGAUGA